UUCUCAAAGCAAAAUUUGUAAUAUGCCAUUUUUCCUAUGGAUGCUUCUCCUCCUGGCUGCUGACGAAGUGACCGAAGAAAAUGCUGAGGUGCCGAGCAGCCUGUCGUGCCGGAGGACGAGCUCGAGGGCUGGGGGUUUCUCGGAGCAGCGCCGGUGUCACCAUUGCUAGGAAGAUGGUCCGGGAGUGCUCGGCUGCGUGAGUCCCCGGUCGGAGCCGGUGCAGACUGCGGUUAUUAUUGAUCAAGUGCAAUAGCAGACGCUGAAAUAAAAGACACUAGAGAUGAUGUGCGAAGUGAUGCCUACGAUAAAUGAGGACACCCCGAUGAGUCAACGGGGGUCCCAGAGCAGUGGCUCGGACUCGGAUUCUCACUUUGAGCAGCUGAUGGUGAAUAUGCUGGAUGAAAGGGACCGUCUCCUUGAUACUCUCCGGGAGACACAGGAAAGCUUGUCACUUGCACAGCAACGCCUACAGGAUGUCAUAUAUGACAGAGACUCCCUUCAGCGACAGCUUAACUCUGCACUGCCUCAGAUGACGGUUGCUGCUGGUACGAGCAUUGAGAAUAACAUUCAAAGGACCAUAUCCUGCCCUAAUGAAUUUGCUGCACUGACAAAAGAAUUAAAUGCAUGUAGGGAACAGCUGCUUGAAAAGGAGGAGGAGAUUUCAGAACUGAAGGCCGAAAGAAACAACACGAGACUGUUACUGGAGCAUUUGGAGUGCCUUGUCUCAAGACACGAAAGAUCACUGAGGAUGACAGUGGUGAAACGGCAAGCACAGUCUCCCUCAGGAGUUUCCAGUGAAGUUGAGGUCCUCAAAGCUCUGAAGUCUCUGUUUGAGCACCACAAGGCUCUGGAUGAAAAGGUAAGGGAACGACUGAGGGUUUCUUUAGAAAGAGUCUCUGCACUGGAAGAAGAACUCGCUGCUGCUAAUCAGGAGAUUGUAGCUUUGCGUGAACAAAAUGCACACAUUCAAAGGAAAAUUGCAGCUGGUGAAGGGCCUGCUGAAUCAGAACAUAUUGAAGGAAUGGAGCCAGGGCAAAAGGUUCAUGAAAAGCGCUUGUCGAAUGGCUCCAUAGACUCAAAUGAUGAAACCAGUCAAGUUAUAGAACUCCAGGAGCUACUUGAAAAGCAAAACUAUGAAAUGGCACAAAUGAAGGAACGUUUGGCUGCACUGUCAUCCCGGGUGGGAGAGGUAGAGCAGGAAGCAGAAACUGCCAGGAAGGAGCUCAUUAAAACAGAAGAAAUGAACAGUAAAUAUCAGAGAGACAUUAGAGAGGCAAUGGCACAAAAGGAAGAUAUGGAAGAAAGGAUCACUACACUGGAGAAGCGCUACCUCAGUGCACAGAGAGAAUCCACCUCCAUACAUGACAUGAAUGACAAGCUGGAAAACGAACUGGCAAACAAAGAAGCCAUCCUACGUCAGCUGGAAGACAAAAACAGACAGCUGCAAGAGCGUCUAGAGUUGGCAGAACAGAAGCUCCAGCAGACAAUGAGGAAGGCAGAAACCUUACCUGAAGUGGAGGCUGAACUGGCUCAGAGAAUUGCAGCUCUGACUAAGGCAGAAGAAAGACAUGGAAACAUUGAAGAACGUAUGAGACACUUAGAAGCUCAACUUGAAGAGAAGAAUCAGGAACUUCAAAGAGCAAGGCAAAGAGAAAAAAUGAAUGAGGAGCAUAACAAAAGAUUAUCAGAUACUGUAGACAGACUUCUGACAGAAUCCAAUGAACGCCUUCAGCUGCACCUAAAAGAGAGAAUGGCAGCACUUGAAGAAAAGAACGUGUUGAUUCAAGAGUCUGAAAGUUUCCGGAAAAAUCUGGAAGAAUCUUUACAUGACAAGGAAAGACUUGCAGAAGAAAUUGAGAAACUGAGAUCUGAACUGGAUCAAAUGAAAUUGAGAGCUGGUUCUUUAAUUGAACCCACAUUGUCAAGGCCUCAUCUGGACUCAUCAGCAGAGUUGAGGUAUUCUGUGGGCUCACUGGUGGAGAGCCAGUCUGACUAUCGGUCAACUAAGGUGAUAAGGCGACCUAGAAGAGGACGCAUGGGAGUACGCAGAGAUGAACCAAAGGUAAAAUCACUUGGAGAUCAUGAGUGGAAUAGGACUCAGCAGAUUGGUGUUUUGAGCAGUCAUCCGUUUGAAAGUGAUACUGAAAUGUCUGACAUUGAUGAUGAUGAUAGAGAAACGCUUUUCAGCUCCAUGGACCUCUUGUCACCAAGUGGCCAUUCUGAUGCCCAGACGCUGGCCAUGAUGCUUCAGGAGCAGCUAGAUGCAAUCAAUAAAGAAAUCAGGUUAAUCCAAGAAGAAAAAGAGUCAACAGAACUGCGUGCUGAAGAGAUAGAGAACAGAGUGGCUAGCGUGAGUCUGGAAGGCUUAAAUCUAGCCAGAGUCCAUCAAGGUACAUCCAUUACUGGCUCAGUGACAGCAUCAUCACUUGCAAGCUCUUCCCCUCCCAGUGGACACUCAACUCCUAAACUCACCCCUCGCAGUCCUGCCAGGGAGAUGGAUAGAAUGGGGGUUAUGACGCUGCCAAGCGAUCUAAGGAAACAUCGGAGAAAGAUUGCAGUAGUCGAAGAAGAUGGACGUGAAGAUAAAGCCACGAUCAAAUGUGAAACUUCUCCCCCUCCAACACCCAGAGCUAUCAGAAUGACUCAUACCCUUCCUUCUUCAUACCACAAUGAUGCCAGAAGUAGUUUACCUGCUUCAUUGGAGCCAGAAAGUAUUGGUCUUGGCAGUGUCAGUAGCAGUCAGGACUCCCUGCACAAAGCUCCAAAGAAGAAAGGAAUCAAGUCCUCGAUAGGACGCUUGUUUGGUAAAAAAGAGAAGGCUCGACUUGGACAGCUCAGAGGUUAUAUUGAAACAGAAGCGGCAGCACAAGAGUCUCUGGGAUUAGGCAAACUUGGAACCCAAGCAGAAAAAGACCGAAGGCUAAAGAAGAACAUAUCUGGACAUGAACUUCUGGAAGAAGCUCGGAGAAAGGGUUUGCCCUUUGCCCAGUGGGAUGGGCCUACGGUGGUCGCCUGGCUGGAACUCUGGCUGGGAAUGCCAGCUUGGUAUGUGGCCGCCUGCCGUGCCAAUGUGAAGAGUGGAGCCAUCAUGUCUGCUUUAUCUGACACCGAGAUUCAAAGAGAAAUUGGAAUCAGCAAUCCUCUUCAUCGCCUAAAACUCCGAUUAGCAAUCCAGGAGAUGGUAUCACUCACAAGCCCAUCGGCACCUCCAACAUCUAGAACAAAAGAGUCUGAAGAAGGCAGCUGGGCCCAGACCCUGGCCUAUGGUGACAUGAACCACGAGUGGAUAGGUAAUGAAUGGCUGCCCAGCCUGGGCUUACCUCAGUACCGCAGUUACUUCAUGGAGUGCCUGGUCGAUGCGAGGAUGUUGGAUCAUCUGACGAAGAAAGAUCUGCGUGUGCACUUGAAAAUGGUGGACAGCUUCCAUCGAACAAGCUUGCAAUAUGGAAUCAUGUGUUUAAAGAGAUUGAAUUAUGAUAGAAAAGAACUGGAAAAGCGAAGAGAAAUGAGUCAGCAUGAAAUAAAAGAUGUGCUGGUGUGGAGCAAUGACCGCGUCAUCCGCUGGAUCCAAGCAAUCGGCCUACGGGAAUACGCAAACAAUAUUCUAGAAAGCGGUGUACAUGGUUCCCUUAUAGCACUGGAUGAGAACUUUGAUUACAGCAGUUUAGCUUUAUUAUUACAGAUUCCAACGCAAAACACCCAGGCACGGCAGAUCCUUGAGAGAGAAUACAACAACCUUUUAGCACUAGGAACUGAAAGACGACUUGAGGAAAGCGACGACAAGAACUUCAGGCGCGGCCCCUCCUGGCGACGACAGUUUCCCCCCCGUGAGGUCCAUGGCAUCAGCAUGAUGCCCGGCUCCUCUGAAACGCUGCCGGCCGGCUUCAGGUUGACCACGACCUCAGGGCAGUCCCGGAAAAUGGCAACUGACGUUGCUUCAUCACGACUGCAGAGGUUAGACAGCUCAACAGUUCGCACAUACUCAUGCUGACAAGGCCUAGCAAAGACGCCAGCACUGAAUUGCUAUGUCAUCUCUUUCUUCUACUUUACCUGAAGUGCACUACCACUACUUAGGAAAAAAGAACAUUAAAACUCUCUGCAAGAACAGGGUAAUAGGGAAGAGAACACGAAGUUUCACAGAUCUGACGUUCUUUUCACAUUUUGGUUAAUUUAAAACAAGAAUGCUAAUAAUGAAAAAUCUAAAUUACUUAACAACAAGCAAACAAACAAAAAACUAAGAGAAUAGCAAAACAACCUCCCCCUUUCAGCAUUUCUGUCAUCAGAAAUUUGGCAGUAGUACACAUCCAAAGCUUUUAUCAAAUAAAGCCACUCAUUUUUACAUUGUUCCAUCUGUUUUACUGUAAAAUACUAGACAUUACGUAUUUACUGUGUAUGUAUUUCUUUUAAAAUGUGUAAGUCUUAUGUAAAUGGUUAUAAAUAUGAUUUUUUAAAAAUAAAAUCUAUGGUACAUGGGGUCUCAGUGCAAACAUUUGAAAAUACAGUGUCAAUAAUACUGUUUGUAUCUUUCCAUUCCACCAUUUUUACAGUUUUUGGAUUGUAAAAGUCAAACAGAUAUGUUUAGCAGAGUUAGAAGCUUCAACAUGUUCCUACUGAAAAAAAUCUGUCAAUAUUUAAAGCUGAACACCUGCCUCUGAUGAUGUAUAAUAGUACGACAUAACCUGGAACUGGAGCCAAAAUGGGCCUCUAAACACAAAAUGGAAAUGUCAGAUACUUAUAGAGAAGCACCACGAUGGCUCAACUCCUAAAGACACACACAUAAACCCAGAAGAACUGUUUACAGAAAAAAAAAAAAAGAAAAAAAGAAAAAAAAAGCAAUUUAAUAAACACGAUUUAUAUGAAAACCAAAAACUUUCUUCUAUGUUACCUGCGGACCAAGAAGAAUCUUGCUUUACCAAGAGCCACCUUUUCGUUCCAGGACCUUCAGACACCAGCCAGCAUUGGAAAAUUAAAUCUAGUGACUGUAUAGAAUGAGAUUCUCAAGUUUCCAAACAUAUUCCAUGAAGAAAAUGAAAGAGAAGCUAAACCCCACAAUUUCUUCAUCACAACAGGGCAUUAGACAGGCUGCUGUCUAACGCUACGCUUUUAGCCAAGAUGGCCUUGCUGAGACUUCACAGAAGUCUGUUUUAUCAGAGGAAAUAACUGAAAGACAGAGUGAUUAAUAUAUAGUGUAUAAAAGUUUAGAAGAGCAACUAUUACCUGCUGUGGCUUUAUUUGGUGGUGUUAUUGUUGUUUAUUCUUUGUUUAAAUGGGAAGUUUCAAAGUAAGACCUACUUAAUAGUCAUUUACCUAUUUGCUAUUUUUCUGCUGCUUGAUCUUAGCUCAAGACCUGUCUUUUAGUUAUUUCUUUUUGCAGUUUGAUCUGCAAUGUUUGCACGUACAUAAACAUUUGUUUUGUCUAUUUUCAUUUGGCAAACUUCAGUCAAUCAGAUGGUGAAAGAUUUUUCUCCCCCAAUGUCAAUAAAAAAGAAUU